GCCCGCGCGCUCUGCGGCCCCGGCCCGUUGGAGCCGCGCAGCCGGGCUGCGGCAGCGGCGAGUGGGACGGCCGCGCCGGGAGCCGGGAGCCGGGCGCAGGGCGCAGGCCGGGCAGCGGCUGCCCAAGCGGCACACGUGCGUCUGGGCGGUCCGCAGGCCCGGGUGAGGCGGCUCCAUGGACGGCAAGGGGCUCUGCCUGUCCUUCUUCGACUACAAGACAGAAAAGUAUGUGGUGGCCAAGAACAAGAAGGUGGGCCUGCUCUACAGGCUGCUGCAGUUCGGCAUCCUGCUCUACCUGCUCCUGUGGGUGUUCCUGGUCAAGAAGGGCUACCAGGAAGUGGACACCUCACUGCACAGUUCUGUGGUCACCAAAGUCAAGGGCGUGGCGUACACCAACACCUCGGAGCUCGGGGUGCGGCUCUGGGAUGUCGCCGACUACGUCAUUCCUCCCCAGGGAGAGAACGUCUUCUUCAUCGUCACCAACCUGGUUGUGACCCCUCACCAGCAGCAGGGUGUCUGUGCUGAGAAUGAGCACAUUCCCGACGGCCGGUGUUCUCAGGACAGCGACUGCCCCGCGGGAGUGCCCGUGAAGGCUGGAAAUGGAGUGAAGACUGGCCGCUGCCUGCUGGCAGGGAACUCCAGCAGGGGCACCUGUGAGAUCUUCGCCUGGUGUCCGGUGGAGACCAGGUCCAAACCCAAGAAGCCGCUCCUGGGGGACGCCGAAGACUUCACCAUUUAUAUAAAGAACUUCAUUCACUUCCCCAAAUUCAACUUCUCCAAGACAAACGUGCUGGACACGAAGGACACAACGCUGCUGAAGUCCUGUCACUUUGGUCCCAAGAACCACUACUGCCCCAUCUUCCGCCUGGGGUCCGUGGUCCGCUGGGCCGGGAGCAGCUUCGAGGACAUAGCCCUGGAGGGCGGCGUGAUAGGCAUUCACAUCGAAUGGAACUGUGAUCUCGACAAACCAGCCUCCGAAUGCAACCCUCACUAUGCUUUUAGCCGACUGGAUCACAGCUUUGAAAAGUCUGUAUCCACUGGGUACAACUUCAGGUUUGCCAAAUACUACCGAGAUGCCGCCGGGGUAGAGUUCCGCAUCCUGAUGAAAGCCUAUGGCAUCCGCUUCGACGUGCUGGUGAACGGCAAGGCAGGGAAGUUCAACAUCAUCCCCACUGUCAUCAACCUGGCCUCUGGGGUGGCGCUCAUGAGUGCCGCGGCAUUCAUCUGCGACAUGGUACUCAUCUACAUCAUCAAAAAGAGCGAGUUCUACCGCGACAAGAAGUUUGAGAAAGUGAGGGGACAAGAGCAGUCAGCCUUGGGGACUGAAGACCAGACAGCCGGGUUGGAGGAGCUGCCCAAGACGGGGCUGGAGAAACUGCCCCAGGCACCGCUGGGAAGCAGCUCUGACAGCGGCUUUAAGGGGAACGGCUGUGUGUGCCAGCAGCUGCUCGAGCCCGCCAGGGUUACCGGUGGGAGGCUGACCCCGGCCACAGGGUACCUGAUGGGGUCGUCUGCUCCCUGCGUGUCCCCCAGCUCCAGGCCUGGCUCCCCGGAGAGUGUGAACGUGGAGCUGCCGCAGAAUCCGGAGGCAAAGCAGGCAUAGCUGCGGCCGUUGGCCGGGAGUGGACUCGGUGAAGAUGAGGACUUUGGGGCCAGAACCCUCACAGCUGUGAACUGGGGAGAGGACAUCUUGGUGCCUCCGGGGAACCAGGCUGGCCGGCACAGCCACGUCUCUUGCACCACAAGUGUUCUGGAGGCCCCUCGCGGCCACGGUGACCGAGAGCUGGGAAGGGGCAGCCCUGGAGCAGACGCCCAGGGAAGGGGGCCGCCCGGGGCCCUGUGUGCCAGUGCACAGGCUUCCUCAGUCCUGGGACCCUGGCUGGACAUUCAGUGGUGUGCACCUGCAGUGCGCCCUUGUUGACGCGUGAUGUGCGCUGGACCCUAUCCAAGGGACUCUUACAUGAACCGCUGGCCUGGCCCCCAGGGAGGAUGGCCCCUGGGGCUCCCGCCAGAGCCAGCAGGCAUCCCGCCGCUCGCUGGUGGCUCAGAGAAAGGGGCAUUUGGCUUCGCCCUCAGGGAUACAAAGUGAAGGAGGCCCAGGAGGCAAGCAGGAGGGCCUGGACGUGCCUCUCUCUCGGGUAAGAUGGGGAAGGGGAGGCUCUGGGCUGCCCCCAGGCUCUGUGCAAAGUGCGGAUAAGCUCAAGGUGGCGCGCACUCAACAGGUGUGACCAGUUGAUGGAGUGGGGGGUGGAGGCCCCACCUCCCCCUGCCCACUCUCAGCCUUUGCUGCCCUGAAGCCUAGUAGAGGUGCAGCACCCUGGGCCCCACCCUCGUCGUGCGAAAUCAGUGCGGUGCUUCCACAAGUGCAUCUUAGUGUCGGGGAAGCCUGGUUCUGCGGGGUGCACAGGGCAGCCUUGUGGUGGGGCCGGUUCUGGGCCAGACUGACACACCUGCUGCCUUGAGACCAAUAGCAUCCCUCCCUGCUCCCACCCGGAAGUGGCUUUAUGCUGAAUUUAUUGAAAUUAAAAUAUUUCGACCAGGUGGUUUUACUUACAAUGAUUCAAAAUUUAUUUUUAAAUUUUUCUUUAUUUUCAUUUUAAUUGAAAGACAGCAUGCGUGAGAAAGCAAACUUCCAUCUGCUGGUUUACUCCCCUGUCUGGGGCUAGGCCAGGCUGAAGGCAGGAACCCCAAAUUCAACCCAUGUCUUCCACGUGGGUAGCGGAGACCCGCGUACUUGAGCCAUCACCUGCUGUCUCUUAGGGUGUGCAUUAGCAGGGACCUGGAGCUGGGAUUGGAACCCAGGCACUGCCAUGUGGGAUGCAGGCAUCCCAAGUGGUGUCUUUUUUUUUUUUUUUUUGACAGGCAGAGUGGACAGUGAGAGCGAGAGACAAAGGUCUUCCUUUGCCAUUGGUUCACCCUCCAAUGGCCGCCACGGCUGGUGCACUGCGGCCGGCGCACUGCGCUGAUCCAAAGGCAGGAGCCAGGUACUUCUCCUGGUCUCCCAUGGGGUGCAGGGCCCUAGCACUUGGGCCAUCCUCCACUGCACUCCCUGGCCACAGCAGAGAGCUGGCCUGGAAGAGGGGCAACCGGGACAGAAUCCGGCGCCCCGACCGGGACUAGAACCUGGUGUGCCGGCGCCACAAGGUGGAGGAUUAGCCUAGUGAGCCGCGGCGCCGGCCCCAAAUGGUGUCUUAAUGCUGUGCCAAACACACCGCCCCUGGUGAUUCCACGUUGAAGGGUAGGAAAGCGCAGGCAAUGAGGCAUCCCCACCUGCUCUGCAGGGCUCCCCUGCGUGGCUGAGGCUCUCCUCGGUUAGCUGCGGGAAAUCAAAGUUUCCAGAUGGUUCCUGAUGGCUACACCUGUCUGAAGCAGACAUUGGGUAAGCUUCAGUAUAGGGCAUGGAGAGCUGGCUGGCCGGCUUCUCCCUUUGCCACGGUGUCUGAGGCUUCCCCGUGCAAUCCCGAGUGAGGAAGCUGGAGCUUGUGUCUUGCUGCGGGCCCGGACGGGCUGACGGGCCAGGCAGAGAGCAGGGACUGCCCAGGCACUGGGUCUGAGCCACUUCUUGGCUAGUGGGGCCGUCCUUGUUGGCAACGGUGCUCUCAGUGCACAGAAGGGGCGGUGAGCAUCCUUCCCCUGGGGCCUGGCAGAGAGGCGUGGUGCCCAGAGCAGAGUAGCCCCUUCCUAACCUUGGGGUGGCUGGGAUCCUGUCCGUGAGCCCAACCUGCUGAGUACACAGUGAGAAAUCUGGGUGACCCAGAGAGCAAACCCUUGGGUUUUAUGGGCUAGCUUUGUUCAUGUUUGGGAGGAAGUUCAAAGGGCAGGGGUCACGGCUGCCGAGGGACUGGUCUGCUUUCUCCUAACCUGGUUUCAGGAAGGCGUGGCAGCAGCCAUUUAACCUGGAGAUGGCUCUGGGUGGUCAUUCGUUUGGUCAAUCAGGAUUUAGGACGUGUCUGUCCUGUGUCAUGUGUGGACUCGUGUCAGCGCAAGCCUUACUCGGGUGGCCAACCCAUCCUGCAGCCGGGAUAGGGUGCUUUGUGUUCAGCCGGCAGUGCCCAGACGGGGCUUCCAGGUCGUGUAGAGGUUGAAGUCUGGAAGGUGACGGGCCAUUCUAGUGAGGGGCUACCUGUGCGUGAAGGCGCUCUGACCCCGAGACGAGCAGCUGAGGAGCGGGGUGAAGGCACUCCGCUGCAGUAGGUUGUGUGAGACUUCCUUUUCAAUGCUGGCUUUUUUUUUUUUUUUGAUAGGCAGAGUGGACAGUGAGAGAGAGACAGAGAGAGAAAGGUCUUCCUUUGCCGUUGGUUCACCCUCCAAUGGCCGCCGCUGCAGCCGGCGCACCGCGCUGAUCCGAUGGCAGGAGCCAGGAUCCAGGUGCUUUUCCUGGUCUCCCAUGGGGUGCAGGGCCCAAGCACCUGGGCCAUCCUCCACUGCACUCCCUGGCCACAGCAGAGGGCUGGCCUGGAAGAGGGGCAACCGGGACAGAAUCCGGCGCCCCGACCGGGACUAGAACCCGGUGUGCUGGCGCCGCAAGGUGGAGGAUUAGCCUAGUGAGCCACGGCGCAGGCUAAUGCUGGCUUUUUAAUUUCUUUAGAAAGAUUCAUUUAUUUGAAAGGCAGAGCAACAGGAAGAGGGAGAGGGAGAGAAUGUUCCAUCCACCGGUUUGUUCCACAGAUGGCCUCAGCAGCUGGGGCUGGGCCAGGCCAAAGCCAGGAGCCCAGAACCCCAUCUGGGGUGUUCUGCUGCCUGCCCAGGUGCAUUAGCAGAGUGGACUGAAAGUGGAGCAGCUGGGACUGGAACUAUCGCUCCAAUAUGGAACGGAGACACUCAGGCGUGGCUUAAUGUGCUGCACCACAAUGGCUGCCCCCAGGUUCAGCGUUCAUUUGGCAAGGGUUGCCCCGGAAACCUACUGCCUUGGAGGACUUAUUCAACCUCAUUGUUUCCUCAAGGCCAGCCCAGCCUUCCAGGCGGCCUCUACUGCGUGUCCAGGGCCCCUGGCUCUGAGAUGCUUGCGGCCCUGUCCCAGCCCACGGGCAGUGCUGCACUGUGCCCGCGUCUCACCUUUCCCCUGCACAAUCUCACUGAUCUACAGACUGGCCGCUAGGGGGCAGACGUGAGGCAGGAGCGGCAUUGCUCAAGCCCUGUUCACUCUGGGCCCACACUGCUUCCCGGGAGGGCGAGAGCUCCCGCCCCUCAGGAGCUCCUCCCGCAUCUGUGUAUCGCCUGAGUGUCACGCUUGAGCCCAGCCUACGCCUGCCCACCUGGUAUUUUCCUAGAGAUUGAGAAAUGCCUUUGGGCGCACCCUGGCUGGUGGGAGACUUGUACACUGGGUGGGCUCCGUAUGACAUGACGGGGACCCAGCUGAGAGAGAGCCAAGUGCCCUGGCCCUGAUGCUGGGGUCUUCCUCCUUCCUCCGCGGGAACAGCUGUGAAGGGGGAGCAAGAUCUCUGGGUGUCAGAGCAGCCAGCCAGUGCUCCCACAUCGCGCCACGUGGAAAGGCGUCUUCAACGUCUGGGAGGGCUCCUUCCGGUCUAAGCCACCCCCUCCCUAGAGCUGCAGCUCCCCUCAGGGCAGUCACCUGGGGCCCCAGGAACACCUGUUCUCCCCUUUCUGCCUGCUGUCCCCCGAGGCCAGGGAAGGCGGCAGAGACCGUGGGGGGCGUCCAAGAUGUGCAUUCUCGGAUACUUUCAUGUAAUUCUAAAACAAUAAAUAAAAGAUGUCCAUUUUAAACCUGGCCUGAUUUUAGAAGAAGAGACUGAAAGAGGCAGACCCAACAGUGAGUAAGCACUGUAGCAUGUUCCUCAUUAUCUGGCAGAGAAAUUCAAACUCAAGCGUGGAAACCCUUGAAAUGGGCCUAUGUUAUGCGUGAAGACUGGGAAGGCACGGGUCAAACUGACACUUUUCAAUCAACGAGUAGAAGCUGGUGACUCCGGAACCCAGCUUUUAGCCUGUGCCCGGGCGGCCUGUUAAAUCCCCUCAAAAUGCUGCGAACCGGAAGGCACUCAGUGCCCAACAGGGCAGGGUCUGCUCAAGGCCAGGCUUCCUGCCGCCUCUGCCUCAGGACUGGCUCUCCCUCCCCCUCCAACGCCUGGAGAGAGGGGCAGGCGGGCAGACCUGAACCGGGCGCUUCAGGGGUGGACGGAGGAGCAGCUCCUUGGCUUUGUGCCGAGCCUUUGGCCUGGGGCCCGGACGGAAUUCAGGCCGGGUCCCAGAUCCCCUUCCAUGGUCGGCCGGGGCCACCUAGGCUCAGUAAAUGAAACGGGCGCUUGGGUCCAGGCUCUUGAAUUCCUGUCCCAUCUAAUGAUGAGACAGCCCCUCCCCUCCAGGCUGCAGACGCAGCGGUGUCUGCUGCCGCGGUCCUGGGCCUCCACGUCCCCCUGGGCUGGGCCAGGGCCCUACCACUCUCUCCUGAUACCACUCACCACAGAGAGUAUUGCUCUCCCCAGGCAGACUAUCAAUUCUUGCAGCAACCUGUUCAUUACUGCGACUCUGGAGCAGUAUUUACUUCUCGAUUAGGCACUCGCACUUAAGAUAACCCUCCUGAAAAGAAAGGUGAUGGAUUAACACAGGCAGAGGUAUCCCCAUGUUAAAACACCCAGUUUAGCUUGGAUUUGCUUUUUCUUAUGGGAAAGGCAGCACAGUGUCGCCAGGUGAAAGGGAUCUGAAGUGACACAGUUCUCCCUCCAGGCACACUCGGCCAACGAGAGCAAGUUACGAGACCAAGGCCUGACACCUGGCCCUGGGCCUUCCCAGCGAGCAGCAUUUCUGGUCCUCACUGAGC